UGUUGGUUUUUGUCAAAUCCUCACCCCCACAAAACCCGUAACCCCUCGAAACCCCGACUACUCUCUUUUUUUUCCCUCUCUCACGCUCGUGUCGAAGUCCUGACUCCUCAAAAUCUCGAUCUCGAUCUCGAUCUCGAUCCAUCGCAGGACCAUUUUCAUCAAUUAAACAGGGGUCCAAUUUUGAAAGAAUAGGGCCCAUUUGCUCUUUGCUUCACUUCCAGGGGAGAAGAAAAGAAGCGAGGGCGAGAGAGAGGGGGAAUGGGUUGGAAGGCGGCUCAAAAACUCAUCCCAAAAUGGAAAAUUUUGAGGGGCGAUAAUGUGAUGAUUAUAAGAGGAAAAGACAAAGGCGAGACCGGGAUGAUAAAGAAAGUAAUCCGCUCCCAGAACCGCGUCGUUGUCGAAGGAAAGAAUUUGGUUAAGAAGCACAUUAAACAAGGACAAGGACAUGAAGGAGGAAUCUUCAGCGUUGAAGCUCCUCUUCAUGUGUCAAACGUGCAAGUUCUGGACCCAGUUUCUGGGAAACCUUGUAAGAUUGGGUUUCGCUUUAUGGAAGAUGGAGCCAAAGUGAGAAUUGCUCGCGGGCAGGAAGCUUCUGGUGCCAUAAUCCCUCGCCCAGAGAUCUUAAAAAUGAGGAGAAAGCCGCGGCCUACAGAAGUUGGCCCCAAAGAUACACCUAUCGAGGUGGUAUUGGAGAAGACUUACGAUGUUAAAGCUGGGAUUGGUAUGCCGGAGCUUUAGAGAACUAAAGAGUGCAAUUCAGCAGUUUGGCUAGUGUCAUAAUCAUGAUCUCAACUUCAGAUGCAUCAAUAGACCAAUCUUCAUUUGCAAGAAAUAGUCUAGUUUUUUGUGGGUUUUUUUACACCAUCUGUUCAGCUUGAAGAAUUAGUUUAGCCCGCAGUUGCGGUUUGCAGUCAACUCUAUAAUAAUCUAGGUGUUUGUUCCUCGUAAUUGCUCCCUCGAUGCAAUGAAAUUUGCCACAUUAUCUGUUUCUGAUGCCCAGGAGGAGUUGUAUACCCGCUGAUCUAUGUUUGUAUCUGGGUAUUGAGACCCAGAUAGGAGUUUCUGUCUUUGUUCCCGUCUCUUACGAUUGAAUGUUUUUUGGAGAACAAUAACGUCUUGUGGGAUCGAAGUAUUAAUGAACUGUUUCUUUUUUUUUU